UGGGGGCCGCCCCGCGAGAAGAAGAGCGGGAAGAGGCUGACAGCGAGGCCAAGAUUUCAGCUGCGGGACGGUCAGGGGAGACCUCCAGGCGCAGGGAAGGACGGCCAGGGUGACAAGGAAGCAUGCGACGGCUGCUGAUCCCGCUGGCCCUGUGGCUGGGCGCGGUGGGCGUGGGCGUCGCCGAGCUCACGGAAGCCCAGCGCCGGGGCCUGCAGGUGGCCUUGGAGGAAUUUCACAAGCACCCGCCUGUGCAGUGGGCCUUCCAGGAGACCAGUGUGGAGAGCGCCGUGGACACGCCCUUCCCAGCUGGAAUAUUUGUGAGGCUGGAAUUUAAGCUCCAGCAGACAAACUGCCGGAAGAGCGACUGGAAGAAAUCCGGGUGCAAAGUCAGGCCCAAUGGGAGGAAACGGAAAUGCCUGGCCUGCAUCAAACUGGGCUCUGAGGACAAAGUUCUGGGCCGGAUGGUCCACUGCCCCAUAGAGACCCAGGUUCUGUGGGAGCCUGAGCACCAGGAGACCCAGUGCAUCAGGGUGCAGCGGGCUGGUGAGGACCCCCACAGCUUCUACUUCCCUGGACAGUUCGCCUUCUCCAAGGCCCUGCCCCGCAGCUGAGCCAGCACUGAGCUGCGUGGCGCCUCCAGGACCGCUGCCGGUGGUAACCAGUGGAAGACCCCAGCCUCCAGGGAGAGGACCCCGUUCUAUCCUCGGCCAUGAUAAUAAAGCUGCUCUCCCA